AUGGAGGUCUCUAUGCCCGUGCUGCCUUCACAGCAUACCGACUACGCCGACGCUUCGGCCGUCGCCGCCGUUCGCCACCAUCGUCUUCCCCUUCAGGAAUCCACUGGCAAUGUGCAACCCCAUGCCAGCGGCCCCAACAGUGCCAGCAACAGCAACCCGGCCUCGGGCUACUGCUCUCCAGUCACCGCCGUGCCAGCCGUCGUCUCAUCGGCCGCACCCACAUCGCUGCCGCUUGUCUCAUGCACGCCAGCCUCUGCCACGCCCACACCUUCCAUUCCCACGCCUCCCAUUGUGCCUACGCAGUCGCUUGACCGCCAGCAGCAGAAUGCCUACCACCACAGCCAGCAGCAGCACCAGCACCAGCAGCAGAACCUGUACUCGGCAGGGUCCCUGGCCAAGCCUCUCUACCAGCAACCAUCACAACACCAUCACAACGAGCAGCAGCAGCUUCUGGCAAGACGCCAGUCGGCUGUCCGCCAUCACAAUGCGAGCAGCCUCGCAGGCCUGACCGGCCCCCUGGCGGGCAACAGCCUGCUCAGCAACACCUAUGGCCAUCCUGGUAUCCACUCAGUGACGGGUGGCGCCUCCAACAACACCGUCCUUGCGCUGCAGGUGGCCGCAGCGGCUCAGACCAACACGGAUGUCAACCCCAUCUACCUGUCGCCGCAGUUUCAGGCCUACCGCAAGAAGCAGGGUGAGAAGGACGACAAGACCGAGCAGAUCUGGCCGGACGUCCUGGAGGAUGCCUUCCUCGACGCUCUUCUGCUGAUCCCGCAGAUGGGCCGCAAGAAGUAUGCUAUGCGCGGCCAGCUGCAUGGUCGCAACAUGCUCAUCAGCGAGUACCUGUGGGUCGCCUACUGCCUGUCGCUGCCGCCUGGCGCGAAGCCCGACCGCAAGAUGGCCCGUGGCCGCAAGCAGGUCUCCAGCCACAUUCAGGUGCUCAAGAACUUUUUCAUCCACCAUCGCAAGGAAAAGAAGGAGGACAGCCGCAAGGACGUUGUCGAGAAGGAGUCCUUCAAGGACAACCCGGUCCUGCGCGCUCUCUUUGAGGGACGCCUGCCCGACGAGCGGCCCAACUACGAGUACUUUGGCCAGCUGCUGGCGUCUGAUGCCCUCGUGGCGGUCCGCCCCAGCCUCUGCUGGAUUCUCGUGUCUUCGUCCGCCGUCCGCUUCGAGAGCGAGGGCCACCGCCGCGGCGAGGCCUUCAAGAGCGAUGGUCUGCCCCUCGACGGCCGCAUGUACCCGCACCUCGGUCUCAACCUCAAGCGUGAGGAGUGGCCCGAGCGUGGCAAGAUCAUCCGCGGCACCCUGCUGCAGGAGUACACGCGCGCUCUCAGCCAGAAGGAGGCCAGCUCCGUCCGCGAGGUCUCCCAGGACUGGGAGGAGCGCUUCCCCGGUCCCAUGAUGGAUGCCCUGGACGGCAUUGUGCGCGACGACCUGCGCGACAUUCUGCACUUCCACGUCACCCUCGACGUCCAGGAGCCUGACCGGUUCCCCGAGGGCUCUGAGCUGAACAGCCUCGUCGAGGUCACCAUUGAGCAGCCCAACCUCCAGAACCACCGCUGGAAGUCGGUGACCCGCCUGGCUCGCCCCUGGGAGCUGAUGCCGAGCGGUGCCACCGCCGACGAGGGCACCAACGAUGCCGACCAGGUCCCCGUCUCGGUCAUCACGCGCGAGAUUGGUAACCAGUACAUGCACCGCCCUGGCUGCCACGGCGUUGGCAACGGCGGCCACUGCGACUGCUUCCACGGCUCGCGCCUGCGCCGCCAGCAGCUGGCCGUGCCCUUCCCGGCUCCCGAAUGGGCCACCAUGCUGAGCAUGCUCACCGGCUACCGCAAGCAUCCGCUGGAGCCCGAGAACGGCAGCGACGGCUCGGAGAUGUACACCACGACCCAGCGCGCCAGCUCCAUCAAGAAGAGCAGCAGCAGCAGCAGCAAGCGGUCCUCGUUCGGGUCGACCACGACGACCACGACGACCACCACCACCUCACGCCGCCAUAGCAACGAUGCUGGUGACGAGACGGGCGAUGAUAGCUUCGUGUCGACCUCAUCCUCGGGCAGCAACGGCAGCAGUGGUGCGCCUCCCACGCAGAUGGACCUGGUCCGCAACAUUGCCAUGCUCCAGGAGCUGUGGUCGUGCGGUCCUUCGUCGGCCACGACCACCUCGUCGCCGCCAAACGAUGGCGCCGCCGAUGGACAGACCUGGACGCGCCGCGCUGUGAUCCUGUGGACCUUUGAGACGAUCUACAGUGUUAACGAAAAGAAGAUGGAGGUGGUUAAGAGCCCCGCGGGCACUGGCUGGCGCUUCCUGACGACCAUUGACCCCACGUCGCAGUUCCACCAACAGCAGGCUCUCGUGACGCCGGCCAUCAAGGCUCAACAGCAGCAGCAGCAGCAGCAGCAGCAGCAGCAGGCAGCGAUACAGCAGGCCCAGGCCCAGGCCCGGUACCAGCCGCAGAUGCACACACCGGCACACCACCAGCAGAUGGGCUACCCCACGAGCCGCGACAACAUCAUGUCGCCGCACCCGGGCUACCAGCAGCAUCUCAACGCCGCUAUGAGCGAGCAUCUAAGCGGCGCGGCCUGGGAUCCCACCAUGGCAGCGGCUGUGGCUGCAGCCACCGGCUACAGCAGCAUGUCGACCACGACUGCCACUGGCUACAACCCCGCGGCUCCUGCUGGAACCGUCUACCGCCAGCACCACUCGCUGUCGCCGCAGGCACCGCAGCCCUAUGGCGUGCCGUCGCCUCUCAACCUGCUGGACACGUCGGCCGCAGCCUAUAGUGCCGGCCUGACCACGCCGCCACCCACAGCCUCUCUCCCUUCGCCCUACGACCACCACCAGCAGCCGUCGUCGGCCGCCAACGUGGGUGCGUCCAACAACGGUGGCAACAACCCCUACACCCACCACCCGCAGGGAUUUCAGAGCCAGCUGAGCUUCAUGUCGGCAGGCUCGACGGCCUCGGGUAGCUCGCCCGGUGCGGAAAACCACCACCACAGCCAGCACAACACCCACCGCGCUCAGCACCAUCAGCAGUCGGUCCAAAUUGACCCGUUCCUGGCUGGCGGCGGCGGUGGUGGUGGUACGUCCGGUGUUCACCAGCACCACCAGACGACGGGCGGUGCCAGUGAGCUGCCCGACUGGGACGCCAACGACAUGACGUCUGCGCUCGAGGGUUGGCCGGCGGUGAACGGUGCGCCUACCUCGACCACGACCUCCACAGCACCGCAAAACCGCGGCCAGAAGCGUGGCCGGUCCGACAGCCUCGACGGCGGCAACGGCGGCUUCCCUGCGGCGUCCAUGCCGAAGCUCAACCACAACGGCUUCAACAACUGGCGGUAA